UCCCGUCCAAGUUCAUUUCCUCCAAAAACUUUUCUCUUCGAAACAUACACAAAUCUUAAUUACCAUGUUCCGAUUUGAUCACACUAUAAAGUGCUUUUGCACUCACGCUUCCUCACCAUACAUCAAAAUCGAAAUCAAUGGCAUCAUCAGUUACGCCAAUCGAGAAAUCAGAGGAAGAAUGGAGAGCCAUUCUUUCCCCCGAGCAGUUUCGCAUCCUCCGCCAGAAAGGAACUGAAUUGAAGGGUACUGGAGAGUAUAACAAGUUUUAUGAAGAAGGGAUUUACAAUUGUGCUGGCUGUGGAACUCCGCUUUACAAGUCUACUACCAAAUUUGAUUCUGGUUGUGGUUGGCCUGCUUUCUUCGAGGGUUUUCCUGGAGCAAUCAAUCGCUUCCCUGAUCCAGAUGGGAGGAGGACUGAGAUAACAUGUGCAGCAUGUGGGGGGCAUUUGGGUCAUGUAUUCAAAGGAGAAGGGUUCAAGGUUCCAACGGAUGAACGCCAUUGUGUUAAUAGUGUUUCUGUCAAAUUCAUUCCUGGAAAUGCUGCUUCUGCCAUAUGAAAUGAAGCAUUAGUUUUAAAAAUUGUAGUAGGUGUUAAAAGAGAAAUAAUGUCUUGCUUGUAGUAUUUCUUGGUGGUUAUGAGCUUGAACCACUUAGCACAGUUUGGCACAGUUUGGACUGAAAUUAAUAAAAUUCUUUUUUUUUACUCUUUUA